GCCCACCUGGUACAUUAUUUCUGCCUACGCCCCUGUCACGCUGCUGAAAACCUUUUGAGUAAUGAAGAACAGAAAACAAUUUUAGCGGGGGUGACGAAUGGAAAAUGUUGCAACACAUCCACGUUUUCGGAAAAAUAAAUCCCACAGACUGUUUUUGUUCUAACAUGUACAUCGUGUUCCAAACUCACACGUGUUGCGUCACUAAUAUGCGACGAGCGACACAGAACUCCGAGAACUGUUUUGUUAACGUCUUCACUGAAACUGAUGUGUAAUUAUGUUUCACUACAGUAAUUACAUUCCUAGUCGGUCAGUCGUUCUGUGCAGUAUUAAAACACUGUGGUUGCCAGUGUCGCUUGCUGUUGGAGUCGCGAACGGAGUCAGUGGUGAGCGGCGUUAGCUGCAGGCUAAUUAAGCUUAGCCGCAAAAAAACAUUACUUUUCAGGGCCUGACUGCAAAAUAGCUAAACAAAGCUGAAGAUAAAAACAAGAUAAUGUUAGAGCCAGCAUCAACAGCAGCUGGCUCCUAUCAGAUGGAGGACAAAUCCACUGCAGUUGUCCCAUCAGCUCAUUGUGAAAAUCCAGCUGCUAUGACUACUGUCAGACUUGAGCUUUUCUAGAUGUGGUAACUAUGGCUUCUCACAAGGUAAAUGAGCAGCCAGGUGACACAACAGAAGUAGCUACGGCUUCUGAACAGCUUUCCAGAGUUGGCCCCGAUGACGUUGCUGAAGAUCUUCGUUCAGAUACAUCCAGUGCUCCGGUGAAAUCCCAAAAGUCGGGGAAGUUUCGAAGGACUGCUUUGACGUUUUUCGGAGUGCGUAAAAGUAUUUGUAUUUUACCAAAUUUUUUUGGAGGAAGGAAUAAAAACCAUAAUAAGCUGUCUUCUAAAAAAGGAAUCGGUAAAAGCAAAACUUACGAUGGGCUAUGUAAGGCUAGUGUCGACGACAGUCUGAGAAGCGGAUAUGUUUCAGGUGAAGAUUUUGAGUUCCACAGCCAGAGAGAUGCUGUAGAAGACCUCCACAGUGGCUGUAAUAAUGAAUGUACUCACACAUGUGCUGACCCGAAGUUGCUGACUUUCACCCGGCAAAAACGGGGUUUCCGUAGUCUUUUUCACAGCUUUCGGUGUCACAGAAACCAUAAAAAUGUGGGAUUGGAAAAAACUGAAAUAACUUCAAUGCCCCUGUCCUAUUACAAGAAAGAGGUGCCUGUUGUCAAGCAGAACACCCAGCAGUAUGUCGCAGAGUGCCUGAAUGCUGAACCCGACGUGCCUGACUUUGCAGAUCUUACAUGUAAUAUUUCCUCCAGUCCUGAAUGUACUGGAGCAGAUGCAGUUGCUUUAGAGAUGAACACAGUGGAGCAAAACAGUCCAAAGUCUGAGCCUGACCAUCAGAUUGAGGAAAAGAAUUUCAUAGGUGCACCUUCUAAUGAUUAUGAAGAGAAGAGUUCUCAAGGACACAGGGAACCUCAUCUGAAACUUCAGAUGAUGCCUGAACCUAGCCUGCAGUGUUCAGCACCCAAUGGCUCUUCAGAUAAGCUAGACCUGAUGUUUGGAGAUGUUGCAUCAUUAAAGAGCUUCGACUCACUCACCGGCUGUGGGGACAUUAUUGCUGAUCAAGAAGAUGACAGUAUCACACAGAGUACAGUUUCUGGAGAAAGGAGUAGAAAUGGAGGAAAGAGGGCAUCUUGUUUUCUUACAUAUCAGGGUGGCGGUGAAGAAAUGGCUUUACCUGAUGAUUUAGAUGAGGACUGUCUUGUUGAUUUCUGGAGAAACAACACUGGAGAGGAAAUCUGCUAUACUUGCAAACAAGACCGCACAGUAGAUUUGACUGCUGACCUGUCAAGUUCUCAUAAUAUGGAUUUACUGAACAGUAGCAGUGCACAGCAGGCCAGCGGCAUGGACACUUCUUCCAUUUCAGAUGUGUUAACGCCACAAAGUGAGCAUCAAGAAUCUGUUCCAAAUAGUGAUGAGGGCUACUAUGAUUCAACUACUCCAGGACCAGACGAGGGACAAGAGAAGAAUGACAGAAUAAGUACCGACAGAUUACCCAGGGACAGCUACAGUGGGGAUGCUCUUUAUGAGCUUUUUGCACCUGAUGAGAGUCUUAUCAGUCCACGCGCUGAAAACAAGUCAAACCUUCCCACUUCCAAUCAGUGCGAGUAUUUAAAUGCACGACUAGAAGUGAUGGAUUCUGUCUUUGUCCCUGAAAUGAAUCAACUAAAAAUAAGUGCUGAGCUGUAUAAAGUUCACAAUUUCCUUGAAAUUGCAGACACAUGUGAAAAAUCUCCAGAAUUAGCAACAUUUACAGUUGACAUGCAUGAAAUGGGUAUAAAUAAAAAUUGUAAUCCUAAACUGCAAAACUCUGACAAUAUGAUAAAUUAUGAAGUGGGUAUAUUUGAUGAAAAAGGGAACAUGGUUGUCCCUGCGGAGAAGACAAAAUGCAUAAUUGCUGAUUGUGAGAAGAGGCACAGUAACUUAUCAUUUGCAAGUUCCUCUGACCCUGAGUUUGAGCCAUUUUGUGAGCCCAAAGAACAUCUAGAGGAAAAUAAGCCCGUGGCUUUACCUUACAGAAACGUCAGUGCUCGCUCUCCAGAUUUUAGCAGUUUGGAUCACGGACAAACUGUGUGUUUCUCACAAGCUCUCGUGGACUACACAAAACGUGCUCAGAUGCUGAACAACACUGUAGCUGGUUUAGAGACAAAUGCUGCUUUUACUCCAAACAUGCAGGCCUUACCUACCAUUGUCACGUUUGAUGUUGUGGAUCUGCACAAUGAAGGUGAAUAUGACGAGCAGAUUCACAUGGAACUCGAAGACAUCUCAUCACCAUAUCAGGAAUUUGACGAAAGCUACCUGCAGAAAGACGCAUUUGCUGACUGUGAUUAUCAAAUGUUGGACGUUUACGAAGAGGACAUGUUCAGUAAUACGUGGGCAAUUGCUAAUUCUCCACGGCACACGGGUCUUACAAGAGUUGGUCAACCUGUGGCAAAUCAGCUGCCUUUAGACAAGAGAAGUAGAUGUCUGGAGGCAGAGGCCGUAGAGUUGAAGAAGCCUGACAAAUACAGAGAGAACAGGUCCGCUGUUGUGUGUUGUCAAACAGAAAAAGACACAGAAAGACCUUGCUCCCCGUAUUACAAAAAGAAUGUGACAGUGUCAGAGGUUAGAGACAACAGUGGCGUUAUGAGUUUAACCUGGCAAACGAGGUCUGAAUUGGCUUUAAGCCUUCCUCUGACAGAUGGUAAAAUCACAGAAAACCUUCAGAGUCUCAGUCAAACCCAAGUAAAACACAAAAUCCUUUCUAGUUCAGGCAGCAGUGAUUUCCCCAACAGUAAAUCACAUCUUUGCCCUAAUGUAUCCAAAACAGGAUCCUCUGAUUUAAUAUCACAGAGUGCAGAGCUUUAUAAUCAGGAGCACCGUCCUCCUUUGCAGUCAGAUUCUUCUUUACCUCACAGCGCAUUUGCUUAUCCCGGAGGGUCGCAGGAAGGUUUAUUAACGGCAGCAAUUCCAAAAUCAGAUGAUGGUCACAAAAAUAUGUUUACUAAAACAGCCACUAAUUUGCAGUCAUACAAUCAGUGUGGUAAAAGCAGAGCAGUGGUGAAAGAAGGAAUAUCUCAUGGUGGAAGUGUUGUGAAUUCAGUUGACUUUCACAGUGACACAGCCACAGCUGUUGGCCCCGUGGGCUACAACAAAUUACCUGAGACAGCCCUGCAUUGAAACACUCUCAACUCUACAGUUGAAAUUAAGCUAAUUUGUGUGUGUCAGUGUCUGAAUUCAUAGUAUGCCUGAUGGAAUAUUUGUUGCUAAAUUAUUUACUUGAACAGUUUCAUUGAUAAGUAUGUGACUGGCAAAGACAU